AUGGAUUCAAUUGAUAAAGCUGGUACAUCCAAAGUAUUUAGCAUUAGAUUCAAUGUAGAUAAGUAUAAACAGCUACCACAUAAAAUUGUUCUCUCUUCACCUACAUUUACCCCAGGAAGAAUACAUGGUGAGCAAUUUCGCAAGCUAUUUGGAGCUUCAUCAUUAACUGUCCCAUCUCUUGUGAAGAGUUGCUACAACAUGAGGAUAACACAUCAAAAAUCUCCAAUCAAACAGCUGCUUGAUGAACCAGAGACUGUCACCACCAUAUACACUGGGAUUCCAUACCUUGACAGUGUGACCUGUCUAAAUGAUGAAGAAAUCUGGACAAGUGGAGAUGACAUCACCAUAAAACUCUUUAGCAUUAAUAGGGGAUCACUACUCAAGUCAAUCACAACCAAGUCAGGGAAUUCACCGAAUAACAUUAUAGUUACAAAAUGUGGAGAUCUUAUUUAUACUGAUUACCUUGACAAAACUGUGAACAAUGUGGAGAAUGAGAAGAUAGAGGAGGUGAUCAGAUUACAGAACUGGAAACCUAACGGUGUCUGUAGUACCUCCUCCGGUGACCUCCUAGUUAUCAUGGACAGUGAUGAUGACAAACAAACAAACGUUGUCCGUUACUCUGGCUCCACAGAGAUGGAAAAAAUUCAGUUUGAUGAGAUAGGUAAACCUCUCUAUUCAUCUGGUCCUUAUUACAAAUAUAUUACCGAGAACAAGAACCAGGAUAUCUGUGUGUCUGACAGUAAAGCUGAAGCAGUGAUCGUUGUCAAUCAGGCCGGGAAACUGAGAUUCAGGUACAUUGGAAAUACUCCUGCUCCAAAGAAAAAAUCAUUUUAUCCACUAGGAAUCACUACAGAUAGCCUGAGUCACAUCCUUACAGCUGAUAAUAACAAUGACUGUGUCCACAUCAUAGACCAAGAUGGACAAUUCCUCCGUUACAUAGAAUGUGGACUCUGUGAACCUUAUGGACUAUGUACAGAUACAAAUGACAAUCUGUUUGUUGCUCAAAUUGAACUUAAACUAGUGAAGAAAAUCAAAUAUCUUAAGUGA